AUCUAGAAAAAUCCUUACCUUAUUCUAAUAUUGAAGUCAUUGUUGGGUUAGACUUUGGAGCAACUUAUUCCGGAUUCUCUUAUUGUCAUGUAUCUAAUAAACAAAAUAUACGUUUAAAUAAAGUAUGGUCUUGGGAAAUCGUUCAGUUUAAAACAAAUACAGUUCUUCAAUAUGAUGAUGAUUAUAAUAAUGUCGUACUUUGGGGUUCUCCAGCUUUAGACGUAAAAUCAAAUCAUCAAGUCAAUAAUCAAAAUUGUAAAAGAAACAAACCUAUUGAAUUAUUCAAAUUAUGUUUUAACAAUCUAGAUGAAAAUUUAAAACCAACCCUUCCAAUUGAUUACAAAAAGGCUAUUGCUGAUUAUCUUAAAGAAAUCGGAAAGGUCAUUAAAGAUACACUUGCAACCCAUUGGAAUGUUGAUUUCUUUGAAAAUGUUUUAUUAGUUCUUACUAUUCCUGCAGAAUACUCAGAAAAAGAUUAUGAUAUUAUGAGAGAAUGCGCACAUGAUGCAAAUCUCAUUAAUGAUAAAUCUUCGAAAAAUCUACAAUUUAUUACAGAACCUGAAGCUGCAGCAAUUUAUUGUAUGGAAAAUGAAUUGCAGGAGGAUGAAAUAGGAACGACUUUUAUUGUUGUCGACUGUGGCGGUGUUACUGUUGAUUUAACCGCUCGCAAAUUAAUUGGAAAUAAUCCAUUGCAGUAUCGUGAAAUUACUGAGCGUAUUGGGGACUUCUAUGGAAGUGUAUUUAUAGACAAUGAAUUUAUUAAGUUUUUACGUGAAAAACUUGGAACUCGAGCCAUAGAUCUAUUAAUGGAAAAUAAUUAUGAUCAAUUUCAGUGUCUGAUGCAAGAAUUCUGUCAACAUAUAAAAGAUCCUUUCACGGGAGAUGAUACAGAAUUUAAUUAUACACUGGAUAUUAAAGAAAAAGCUCCGCUUUUAUUGUCACAUGUCAAUAGAAAGACCAAGAAAAUCAUGAAAAAAAAUGAGUGGCUAAUUAAUAUUAAUUACGAUGACAUAAAAUCAAUGUUUGAUCCUAUAAUUGAUGGAAUUAUCUGUUUAAUACAUUCACAACUUUCAAAUAAUAAAGACGCCUGUUCAACAAUAUUUUUAGUUGGAGGAUUUAGCGAAAAUAGAUAUUUACAAAAAAGGAUUAAACAAGAAUUUAAUCGUACGGUGAAAAAUAUUUCAGUUCCUGUUCAACCUAUAGCAGCAAUUGCACAUGGAGCAGUAAUUUAUGGAUUAUCUAUAAAAUCAAAUGGUUUGAAUAAUAAUUCAGUUGAAGAUAAUAAGAAAAAUAUCGAUUCUUCGAGAGUCCUUAAGUAUACUUUCGGAAUUGAUGUUGACUCCCUUUAUGGAAAAUCUAAUGAUGUUGAAAUUCAUAGAUUCUUGGCUUUGGCCAACCGAGGUACUGCAAUAGAAUUAGACCAAACCUUUUCUUUUAAUUUUGAACCUGAAUUUAAUCAAAGAAGUGAAAAUUUUGCAAUUUAUUAUACAAAAAACGACAAUGUACAACGCUGUGAUGAGCCAGAAGUGGUACUUCUUGGGGUAUUAGAAAUCAUUCUUCCAGAUGUAUAUAAUCGAAGUAUCAAUUUUGGAUUAACUUUCGGUCAAAAAGGAAUUACUGCAUUUGCAAGGAAUGAACUUAAUGGUCAAAAUUAUACGACAACAUUUUGUUAUCCAAAUAAUGUAUUUUAA